AUGGAAAACUUGCAAUUGGAUUGGGUGUUAGUGACUGCAUUAGCCAUACUAGUAGGAGCAAUUGCAGAACCAAACCAAACACUUCCUGGCUGCAAUUACACAUGUGGAAAUGUUCAAGUUCCAUACCCAUUCGGCAUAGCCAAUUCAUCUAUACCACAUGUGGGGUCAUGUUUCUUAGAACCCAAAUUUAAUCUUACUUGCACUAAUGACUCCACAUUAUAUUCUGGUUCCAUUGAAGUCCAAGACAUAAGCGUCCUAAACCAUCAAUUGGAGGCAUGGACUUACGUCGCAUCGUAUUGCACUCAUAUUUUCUCCUAUCUAGAAACUGACAUUAGUUUCAGCGUUUCAAGCAAGGAAAACAAGUUCAUAACCGUUGGUUGUGACAGUUUCGGGUAUCUCCAAAGUGUUUACAACGGGGAAACAUACACAACGGGGUGCUUAACGAGGUGCAACGGCAAUACGAGGAAGAUCAACGAUGGAACGUGUUCGGGUAUUGGGUGUUGCCAAGUGGAUGUUCCUCCAGCAAUGAGGAAUAUCACUAUUUAUGCAGAUGUGUUUCCCAAUUCGACCGAACAUUGGGGAAAUUGUAGCUAUUCGUUUGUUGUCAAAGAUGGGUAUUAUAAUUUUUCCAAAAGUGAUUUAAAGAGUUUGCCUUACGCGACGGUGCCGUUGGUUCUUGAUUGGACCGUUGGAGACCAAAAUUGUAAAGCGUCGAAAAGUGGUGUCGAUUAUGUGUGCAGGGACAAUAGCUAUUGUGAUGACACCAAUACUGACUAUGGUUACCGGUGCAGAUGUAAGCAUGGCUUUGAAGGAAACCCAUAUAUUGGUUGCACAGACAUUAACGAAUGUAAGACAUCAAAUAAUACAUGCAUAAGCGAAAAAAACUGUCUCAACACCAUGGGGUCCUACAAAUGUUUCUGCCCCAAGGGCCAAUCCGGAAAUGGAACAAAGGAUGAACCGUGCCACCGAAAAGAUGUAGUUACGAAGUCCAAAGAACAAUUCAAGAAUUGUUUUCAGCAUAUUUUGAAUGCAGGAGCAACUGCAGGAAUUGUUGUUUUAUUAGUGGGGCUUACCUCACUGUACUUAAUAUACCAUAAAAGGAAACUCACCAAACUUAGAGAGAAAUACUUUCAGCAGAAUGGCGGUUCCAUUUUGCUACAGCAACUCUCAAAUAAAUCCUCCAAAAUUACCCAAAUUUUUACAGAAGAGCAACUAAAGAAGGCCACCAACAACUUUGAUGAGAGCUUAAUCAUUGGAAGAGGAGGUUAUGGAACAGUUUUCAAAGGAUAUCUAGGAGAUAACAGAAUUGUUGCUGUCAAGAAGUCCAAAAUAGUAGAUAAGAGUCAAAAUGAACAAUUCAUUAAUGAGGUUAUUGUUUUAUCACAAAUCAAUCAUAGGAAUGUUGUCAAACUCUUGGGAUGCUGUUUAGAGACAGAAGUUCCUUUAUUGGUCUAUGAGUUUGUUAACAAUGGUACCCUUCUUAAUUUUAUACAAGCUGAAAGACAGGUUAACAAUGCAACAUGGAAAACCCGUUUAAGGAUUGCAGCAGAGGCAGCUGGUGCAUUAGCAUAUUUGCAUUCAGAAGCUUCAAUACCUAUUAUUCAUAGAGAUGUGAAGACUUCUAACAUCCUCUUGGAUGACACUUACACUUCCAAAGUGUCUGAUUUUGGUGCUUCAAGGUUGGUUCCACUUGACCAAAUUGAAUUAGCCACAAUGGUGCAAGGAACUAUUGGUUACCUUGAUCCAGAAUACAUGCAAACAAGUCAAUUAACUGAAAAGAGUGAUGUGUAUAGUUUUGGGGUAGUGUUGGUAGAGUUGCUAACUGGGGAGAAACCUUUUUCUUUUGCCAAGAAAGAAGAGGAAAGAAGUCUUGCUAUGCACUUUCUAUCUUGCUUGAAAGAGGAUCGCUUGUUUGAAGUUGUUCAAGUUGGCAUUUUGAAUGAAGGAAAUAAAAAAGAGAUCAUGGAGGUUGCUAUUCUUGCUGCAAAGUGCUUGAGACUCAUUGGAGAGGAAAGGCCUAGCAUGAAGGAAGUGGCAAUGGAAUUGGAGGGAAUAAGGGUCAUAGAGAAGCACCCAUGGAUCAAAAGGGACCAAAACCUGGAGGAGACUCAAAACUUGCUUGGUGAAACAUCAUCUAGUCUUUAUGAACACGGUGAUAGUGGCAGCCAUCAAUAUACUAAUGGGUAUGACAGCAUCAUGGAUAGCGUACUAAUUGCAUUGGACAAUGGGAGAUGA